AUGCCUGUUCUUCACGAGUACACUUAUAUCUUCGCCAUCGGCACAUUCUUUGCGCUUCUUGAAGCGUACAACAAUGGUGCCAACGAUGUCGCCAACGCUUGGGCAACCAGUGUUUCGUCUCGUUCGGUCACAUACCGUCAAGCUAUGCUCUUGUGUUUGAUAUUCGAAAUGACGGGUGCGCUCGCUGUCGGUGCAAGAACCGCUUCGACCAUCAAAAACGGAAUCAUUCCCCUCGCCGCGUUCCAGGGUAACGCUCCUGUACAACUUCUCGCCUUCACUUGUGCUGCGGCAGGUGCAUCUAUCUGGGUCAUGUGGUGCACACGACACAACGCUCACGUCUCGUCCACCUACUCGCUCGUCUCGUCGAUCGCUGGUGUUGGUGUCGCUACUGUUGGCGUCAAGGGUGUUCAAUGGGGAUGGAACGGUGGCCAAGGUCUUGGUGCUAUCUUCGCUGGUCUCGUCAUGGCCCCCUUCAUCUCUGCUGUCUUCGGAGCCACCAUCUUCAUGCUCGUCAAGACUGUCGUCCAUAUGAGAGUCAACCCUGUUCCAUGGGCUGUUUACACCUCGCCCUUCUUCUUCCUCAUCGCCGGUACUGUUUGCACCUUGUCCAUUGUUUACAAGGGCUCUCCCAAGCUCGGUCUCAGUAAGAAGCCGGGAUACUGGAUCGCUGGAGUCUCGGUCGGUUCUGGCUUAGCCCUUGCACUUCUGGCUCUUCUGUUCUUCGUCCCCUAUGUCAACCAGCGUGUCAUUCGCAAGGAUUACACCUUGAAGUGGUACCAUGUCUUCAUGGGACCUCUUCUCCUCUCGCGCAAGGCUCCCGCUGAUGCCGAAUUUGCUAUGGUCCCCAACUACGCUGUCAUUGACCACGACGAUAAGAUCCAGGUCAAGGCCAAGACUUCCGCCCCGCCUUCCAUCGAGAUGACCGGCAAGGGUGGUGAUUCUGAGGUCGCCACUGGCGAGCUUCGUCGCAGAUCCAUCCACGUCUCCGAUGAGGGCAUGAGCAGCACCGCUUCGUCGCCUGAGAUCAUGCCACAACGCAGAAACAGCAUUAACAACGAGAACCCCAGAGAGGCUUACGCCCGCAUGCUCAAGGAGGCUCGUGAGCAGCACCAUGCCGAUCUUCGUCAAGAGCGUGGUCCUAUCGGAUGGGCCAUGCGCACUCUCCAUGAGAACCAGCGCGGUGCCGGUUCCAUCUACGAACUUCACAACUUGAAGGCAAUUCUCAAGUGUAUUCCCGCUGGUAUUGUUGUUUCUCUGAUGUACGGUCUGUACUACGACAUCCACAAGGCCCAGCUUGGUGUUCUCGGCACUCCUGAGGGCAAGCGCAUGGCUCGUGUUUACGCACACGCGCCCCGCUACGCCAACGAAGUCGAAUAUCUUUACUCGUUCGUCCAGGUCAUCACCGCCUGUACCGCGUCCUUCGCUCACGGUGCCAAUGAUGUCGGCAACGCUGUCGGUGUUUGGGCUGCCAUGUACGCUGCCUGGUCGACUGGUUCCUCCAUUAAGGCCAAGGAAGCAGUGCCAUUGUGGCAAAUCGCAGUCAUGGCCCUCACCAUCUGUAUCGGCUUCAUCACAUACGGUUACAACAUCAUGAAGGUCAUGGGUAACAAGAUCACCUACCACUCACCUUCUCGUGGUUCCUCCAUGGAGAUGGGUGCUGCUAUCACUAUCCUCAUCUUCUCGCAGUACAAGUUGCCCGUCUCUACCUCCAUGUGCAUCACUGGAGCAACUGUUGGUGUCGGACUCUGCAACGGCACUUUCAAGGCCGUCAAUUGGAGUCGUGUUGGUCUGUUGAUGUUCUCUUGGAUCAUGACCAUCCCCAUCGCUGGUCUCAUCGGUGGUCUUACUAUGGGUAUUCUCCUCAACGCCCCCAGCUUUUAA